CAGAGACACACUCUGUUUCUUUUCCGUCACUGCCAAAGACAGACAAUAUGCUGCCUGCUGUUGUAAAGCUCUGCUGUGGAAUCUCCUACCCACAUCUGAGGAGUAUGGCAGGGCUACAACGCACAGCUGUGGCAGUGAUCGGCCAGGAGAUCACAAACCUGCAGAGAUGGAAGCAGAUCCGACAACACAUGAAAGCACAUGUUGGAUCAAAGUAUAAUGCAGAGCCUAAAUCUGAAGAUAUAAAGCCUGCACCAUCGAAAGAAGACCAACUGUUCUACGUACAACAAGGCCAAGAAGCAAUGAGGAUCGCUCUCACUAUGCUGGAGGACAAAGAAGGAUGGAAGGUCGAGAUCACAGAGACCAACGGGGAUGUGAUUUGUAGCAAAGUGAUAUCAGGGGCCAGGAAGGUCUUCAGGCUGGAGGCGGUUCUGGAGGCCAGUGUGGAUGAGCUCUAUGACCUCCUGUUUGUCAGAGUGGAGGAGAUGCACCAGUGGAAUCCGAGCAUACAGCAAAUCAAAGUUCUAAAGCACAUUGGACCUGAGACGAUUGUCACUCACGAGGUUUCAGCCGAGACAGCAGGAAAUAUGAUCGGCCAAAGGGAUUUCCUGAGUGUCAGACACAGUUGCAAACAAAAGUCCGGCGUUUAUCUCGGAGGAGCAGCGACUCAGCUUGAGUCCUUCCCUCCUCAGGCGGGAUUUGUGAGAGCUGAGGAUGGACCGACCUGUAUCGUCAUUCAGGCUCUGGACGAGGAUAGAAGAAAAAGCCGCUUCACGUGGCUUCUCAAUAUGGAUGUAAAGGGCUGGCUGCCAAAGUCUAUUGUCAAUCAGGCUUUGCCCCGAGCACAGCUGGAUUUCACCAGACACCUUCGCAGACGCCUCACAGCGAGCGCCACCCUGGGCUGAUUGAGUCUGUGUGGCACCCACAUCGCAGCAGCACCCUGUCAUCACUCACAGGGGAAGACUGGGAGAUGGAGGCGCGGUGACAGCCUGGCUGCUCGACUGUACGCUGCCCUUUCAGCGAGAGCUGAAACGCUGCCUGGAGACCAGUGUCAGCAACCCAGUGCCAGCCUGGCAGAAGGAAGCUGGCUUAUAAUAGGAAUGAAUGUCAUCGUGUGUCACUCAAACCUCAUUAAGAUUUCCUAAUUAGGAGUCAUCUCUUGUCUUUUGACAUACAGUUGCAUAUACCUGGACAAACUUAAUAAAGAGCUUUAAUGUGCCUUUUUUUUUCUCCUUGUUUCUCCCAUGACACCGUAGAACAUAUUUUGAAUACCACAUUCAUAGAAACACUACAUAAUAGACUUCUACGUGACUCAGCUCAGACUGAAUGAAGUAAAUGAUUCAAGGACACUUAAUGACAUUAGAUAAGAAAAAGCUAAACAACACUAAAUGGAGGUGAAAGAGAGGCGGAAGUGAAACAAUGAACGUCUGAGUUCUUUCAAAUGUGUUUUACUUUGUUCUCCAUACCACUUAAAAAUUCAAUAAAUAUUAACAUUUAAAGCUUUCAUUCACGUACGUAUAUACAAGAACUAUACAAUAAACAUAAUGAUGUUAUGAACUGCAAUGCAGGAAUGGUGUAACAGUAUGACCAACCACAGUCUGUAGACUUACAGCAUCGCCUGUAUUUUCCAAUUGCAACAUACUUUCCGUUCUACUCCGGGUUGUUAAUUUGUUUUCAUAACUUGAAAUUUACACUAUAUACAUUAUUGUCUGAAAAAUAUAUCAGUUAGAAAAAAAAAAUAACAUAUUGAGUUUUUUUUUUUUUUUGCUUUUGUUUUUAAAGCGUAAGUGACUGACUUCCAUAAAGGCAGACAAAGGGCAUGCUACAGUGGGGUUGGCUUACAAACAGUCAUGAUUUUUUUUAUUUUUUUUUUACCGGUGACGAUGAUCAACAGUACGUUGGAUUUGGGAACAUACAACAUAAAAAGAGCACCGGGGGGGGACAGGAAAGACAAUAAAGCUCCCUGCCAGGAGUGAUGACUGUGGAGUCUGGAGUGUGUCACUGGAAUAACUAUAGACUUAACGGGUGUUUUAUUCUAAUCAGUUAGGUAUAUUUGUAAAGGCCAUUUAAAAUAAAUUCAAUGCAUAAAAAAGUAUCAAUAAAAAUACUUUUUUUUACAUUUGGGGAAAUGCUUAGUCAUUUCUUGCUCAGAAUUAGAUGAUGAGAUUGGUCAUCACUCUUGUGUCAGACGUACAGACAUGUAACCUGUAACGAGUGUGAGUCCUGCUGCCACCAUCUCCUGGCUUAUCUAAAAAUGGGCAAAGACAUAGAUCGUCCGUGGACCUGAGGUGGGCUGAAUGAAACCUGGAUGCUCAAACAUGCCACCUGUAAUGGCACCCACCCAACUU